CUGUAUUUGACACGUGGAAAAUACACGCGGAGAAUUCAAGGCUCUCCGGCUAUAAAACCCCCCCUCCACCCCUAUCAUUACCUUCUCUGGUCUCUGCUUUGUUUGCAUCGCCUGUAACUCUAUUCAACUCUUAUUCUCCAUAUAUCAAUCGCUCAGCCACCACAAAUUCACAUACAUAUCUGAUCAUCUCGCAGUUUUCUUGUAUGUUUUUCGAUCUGAACGAUGACACAAUGAUUUUCAUGGGUAUUCGUAUUGUCCACUCCUUCUCCGUUGUGUAUCUCUACUUGCUCUACGUUUUUUCAUGAAUUGCCCUCACUUUGUACCUUGAUUAUACUGUUUUUUUCUCGAUUUCAAUCUCGUAAAAUCUAAAUUGACCUAAACUAUUCAAUUCUACCCGAAAUUUACCCGAGAAAAUACAAGGAUCCGAAAUAGAAUUACGAAUUAAGUUAGAUAUGGCGUCUCCACAAACGCAAAUUAGUUCAGGAUCUGAUGGAGAUCUUCGAUAUGCGAAGUUUGAUGAGAGGAAGAGGAAGAGGAUGAUAUCCAACAGGGAAUCGGCGAGGAGGUCGAGGAUGAAGAAGCAGCAGCGUGUCGAUGAGUUGUUUGGUGAAGUCAACCAGCUGCAGAACCAGAACAAGGUUGUUAUGCACAAGAUUAAUGAAGCUACGGAUAAGUUUGUUGCUGUUGCCACAGAGAAUAAUGUUUUGAGAGCUCAGAUGUCGGAGUUGGCUGAUAGGUUGUACGCGCUCAACUCGGUUUUGAGUAUUGUGGAGGAGGUGAGCGGUCUUGCGAUGGAUAUUCCUCAGAUACCGGAUACGUUGAUGGAGCCGUGGCAGAUACCGGAUGCUUUGAUGGAGCCGUGGCAGCAGCCAAUUAUGGCAUCUGUGGAUAUGUUCAAUUGUUGAAUGCUGGUGCUGGAUUGUUGGAUCUGUAUGGUUCGGUUGUAAACCUAUUUAUGUCUAUUGUUUUGUUUUCUAUAUAUUGUUGGGGAACGGUGAGCUUAGAUGUGUUAUAGACUUGUAGUAUGGGAGUUUAUGGAUUCUAAUUGAACAUGUAUUGAGGAUAUUGGUUUGGAUUUCUAUCUGUUGGGAAAUGUUGAACUUAGAUUGUGUUAUAUAAAGUUAGUUUUAUGAA